CUGGCCAUCUUAAUUUCCAUCUGUUUGAUAUUCUGAGCUCUUUCUCGCUUCGCCUUCCAGCAACGUGCUCUUCGAGAGCAGUUGAGCCAUUCCUUUGGGCUUGAUCCCACCGUCCACUCCUUAUACCAGACAAAUUCACUCGUUUUCUGCUCGCCCACCCAUCGCCAUGCCCGGCAAAGGACAUCACCGGUCGCGGUCGUCAAUCGACCGCGUUAUCGAUCUGCUGGCAGAUCUCGAGGAGAACCAGAUCGCCGUGCUCCUGGACGACCUGAACCACACCACCUCGAGCAAUGUCCCUGUGUCGGACGCAAUUGCACUCUUUGAGCACCAUACAAGCAAGGACAUAAGGAAAAACACUCGGUCACCGUCGCCGGUACGGGCCCUGCAGGUCGAACUGGAGCGACGUCACAGCAGGAGGAUCUCGGCUGCACCUGAAUCAGGACCUCGGGCCAAGAGAGCCUCCUUUCAACCACCAGCCCCGCGGCAGCCGACAAGCCUUUCGCUACCAGUAACGCAGCCGACCGACCGACCCGGCCGAUCCGACUAUACCGGACACAACGACCAGUCCUUGUUAACACUCCCUUCGCCCACACAUGUCGAGCGUCCCCAGCCGUCUUCCUCCGAGGCAUCAUCCUCCGGCUUUCGGCCCCGUUCGUACAAGAGGAUCAGCCGCCCCACGUUCCUUUCGCCGACCGCCACUGCCGAGCUGCACCUGUUACUCCUGGCCUUCUUUAAUGGAGAGACGCCGGCCUCCGCCACCACGACGGCCACGCCAUCACCCACCACACCGCAGUUCUUCGGCAUGUCACAUUCCCCCUUCUCGUCCGACUUCGAGCUCGAAGAACCCAACACCCCGGGUCUCGAUCUGCUGGAACCGUCGCCGACACGGACCCCGAGCUUCUCGUCCGGGCGAAGCAUCAGAACGAUCCCCAGCAUGGGCAGCAUAUUUGAAGUUCUGAGUUCACAGUGAUACCUAAUUUCUUUUAAAUUCCUAAUGGACUUGUAAUACACCACGCGUUAGGCUGUACGAUG